GUAACUACCUUAGUACCGUAGCUACCUUGGUCCUUCAAUUAACUCCACUUCUUCCCAACUAUUCUUCUGUCCUCCUUCCCAUAUCCCUUCCUUCCAAAAUGUUCCAUCAUACUCCCAAAAUCUCUACCUUCUUAGUAUCCUUCCUACUUAUAUCUACUACCUACCUAUAUCCUCCUUCUAUCUUUGUUUCUAUCUCUCUUCCAUACUUCUCCAUCCCCCUCUCUGGUACUCUCAAGCCACACGUCUCGUUCUGUCCGGUUCUCCACUCGGGCCACCUCUGUGGAACAUUCGCUCUGCCGACGCAGAAAUUCCCACCGGCCGGAAGUCCUGCAACCACUCCUCGCUGCUGCUUUCCCAGCUUUCUCCCCUAA